AUGGUGAAUCAAACUUCAGUCACUGAAUUUAUCCUCCUGGGAGUGACAGACAACAAAGAAUUGGACUCUUUUCUUUUCCCUGUUUUCCUUACCAUCUACUUUGUCAAUGUAGCUGGGAAUGGAGCCAUCCUACGAGUUGUCAUCUCUGAUUCAAGACUCCACUUACCUAUGUAUUUCUUCCUGGGAAAUCUGUCAUGUCUAGAUAUCUCCUUCUCUACAGUGACACUGCCGAAGAUGCUGGAGAAUUUCCUUUCUACAGACAAAGCCAUUUCUUUCAUGGGAUGCAUUACCCAGCUCCAUUUCUUCCAUUUCCUGGGGAGCACAGAAGCCAUGUUGUUGGCUGUGAUGGCAUUUGAUCGCUUUGUGGCUAUCUGCAAGCCCCUUCAUUAUUCUGUCAUCAUGAAUUCCCGGCUCUGUACCCUGAUGGCUGUUGCUGUCUGGACCACUGGGUUUUUCCACGCCCUGAUGCACUCAGUAAUGACAUCUCGCUUGAACUUCUGUGCUUCCAACCAUAUCCACCACUUCUUCUGUGAUGUGAAACCACUGCUGGAGCUGGCCUGUGGGAACACUGAGCUCAACCAGUGGCUACUUAAUACUGUCACAGGGACUAUAGCUAUGGGUCCCUUCUUCCUCACACUACUCUCUUACUUCUACAUCAUUGCCUAUCUUUUCCUCAAGACCCGGUCUUGCAGCAUGCUUCAAAAAGCACUGUCCACGUGUGCCUCCCACUUCACAGUGGUUUUUCUUUUCUAUGCUCUUGUUCUCUUCAUUUAUAUCCGGCCUGCCUCGGGGAGCUCCCUGGACCAGGACCGGGUCAUCGCCAUCAUGUACAGUGUGGUGACUCCUGCACUGAAUCCUCUGAUAUAUACUCUGAGGAAUAAGGAGGUUAAAGGUGCCUUGAACAGGAUGAUCAGGAAAAAAACUGUCCCUUAA